AUGCGCGCACAUUAUAUUGCUCAGUAUCUUGCUGCACAGUCUGACAGGACAUAUAGACAGCUUCUACUGGAAACUUGGAGGGAUAUGUACCCGACCAGACCAGCCAACGUCCAGCUGCUCUCGAAUCGUGUGAGAUGGAUUCUUGCUAACCAGAAGCUGUCUCAGGCCGAACUUGAUAGAAUCGAGAAUACUUGCUUUCCGACUAUUCAGCUCACUGUUGAACAGCCAGUCGAGGCUCGUAGGUCGUCGGUACGGGUGAGAAGGAGUGGUCUUUUUGAGAACAGGGGGCAGAAUGAUGAGGUGGAGAGAGCGUUUCUACGUAAUCUGAUGAGCUACUCGGGAAUGACGCCAGAAUGUAGACCAAGAAUACCUAAGCUCGAUUACUCGAAAGCGGUCCUUGAAAGUCUUCAAUCGCUGAACACAACUCUCCCGAAACAUCUGAAUAAUGUGAAAACAUUGGAGCAGGUGGUAAGCGUAGUAUAUGCCGGAGCCGCCACUAUAUGCGAGAAGAAUGGACAAAAGCUCCAACAACGUAAUGCCCAUCAUCAUACGAUGGAGUCCUCAAUCCCCCCUUGGAAAGCCCGGCUGCAAAGGGAGAUAACAAGGUUAAGGAAAAAAAUUGGUAUUAUCCAUACUUACCUGAGCAACCCCGCACCGUCAACUAGAGUGGUCAAAGCGGUCCGAAAGGUGGCCUCUGAAUUCCGUAUUAAACGACGGGAUCCCAUGUUCGGGGAAAAGAUCUCGCUUAGGUGUGACACUAUGAAACAAAAAAUAAAAGUGUUAGGGCUUCGUAUUCGCUACAAUGAGAAGGUAAAGCGACAUAACAACAACAGACUUUUUUUCAAGAACCAAAAACAGUUCUUCCGGAACCUCGAACAGGAAAAAGAACAUGUGGAGGGCCAUCUCGACUCUAAAACCGCCCACCAGUAUUGGAGUAAGAUCUGGUCCGAAAACGUUACCUACGACGAUCAAGCGUACUGGAUAGAAGAGGCACAGGAGACAAUCCCACGAGCACAAAUGCAGGACCUAAGAAGCGGCAGACAUAACUGA